AUGUCGGUUUGUCCGUUCACCGUGAAAUCCCACGAAUCGAUCGCAAACCUCCAGUCUAAAGACGGAUCGAUACGGUGCAAGUAUUCUUCAGCAGACAAUGACGAUGAUCAUUCGGGUGAUUACGGGGACGGUGAGAAGUACUAUCAUUGGCCGGGCACGCUGGGCACGCCGCCACCACCGUCGUCGCCGUCGUCGUCAUUUGGUUUGUCAUCGUCACCAUCGCCGUUCGGUUUUCCGCCGUCUGCAUCCCCCUCGUUUGGCGGCGACGGUGGCCCGGCGACCGCUUCGUCAACGACACCGUUUGUCGGCUUUGUCAAGCGGCCAUCACCGACGGCGCCACUGCCUUGCCGGCCUCAGCCACCACCCAGCCGUGCGCCGCUGUCGUCGAAUAUUAUGAGCUACCAGACGGGCCACUCAAACAGUCUGCCGUUGUACGUCAAAUCUUCGGCCGACCGCGAGCUCGAACAAUUCCGGUCGCUGCAUGUGGACAUCGACGACGACGAUGACCACGACGACAUCGAAAACUACGAAUCGGAUGACAGCGACACGGACAACGCGCGCGUGGCCGACGUCGUCCGUCUGUCGCCAUCCCCCAAAUCGGCACCGUCACCUUCGCCAUCCACGCAGACGUCUACGCCACGGCCGCCUUCCCUAACGGCGUCAGCCAUUGCUAAGCCACCUGCGGCUUCUGCGCCGUCACCGUCGUUUCGCCGGCCACCGUCGCCGCUCGACGCCCUCGACCUGUCGCCGUCACCAACCAUGACACCCAUACAGCCUACCAUUAUCGACAUCGAUGUCUGA